AUGGAUGACUUUGUUUGUACCACACUGACUGAAUGGGGUCUCAGCGAGUUGAUAGAGAAAUUUAAAGAUGAAGAAAUUGACCUAGAAAGUCUUCUGUGUCUCGAUGAUCAAGAAAUCGCCAAACUGAUUCCAAAAACGGGACCAAGGUCAAAAUUCAAGGACAAACUCAAAUCAUUAAGGGUUUUGCCCUCUACCAGUGACACAACUGAUAACGAACACAAAAUAUUGUCUGAUGUGAGAAAGAUCAUGACAGAUGUUCACAACGGAAUAUGUCAAAAAGACAACACAAGGCUCAAUGCUUUCCUGAGGGAUAAAAUCGAGGUUUUAGAAAAAGACAAGAGGGAGCUGAUUGGUGUCUUUGGUAAAACUGGGGCUGGAAAGAGUACCUUGAUAAAUGCCAUCAUUGGAGAGGAGAAUCUUUUGCCCUCUGCUAGUGGCAGUGCAUGUACCUCAGCCAUGAUUAAAGUGGAGGCAGACAUGAAGAACCAAAAGUAUGAAGCAGAAAUUGACUUCAUUACAAAAGAGGACUGGAGAGAAGAGUUGUGGACAUUUGACAAGUUCUUUAAGGAUAUAUCAGAUCUGAAAAAUAGAGAUGAUGGUGAUGAUGAUGAUGUAUAUCGUGAAAAGCUGUCAGCGCUAUAUGGAGAAGGAUGGAAAGAUAAAUCUCCUGACGAGCUCAUGGACAAAAAAUAUUUCAAAGAAAUUCCAGAAUUUCUGAGAUCCGAGAAGAAGAUGUUGACAUGCAAAUCAGCUGCAGAGCUAUCUGAAAUUUUAAUCAAAUACACAAGAAUAGAGGAAGAUGAGAGGUGCUAUUGGCCACUAGUGAAGUGUGUGACUGUUAAGGUGCCAAAUAAAAAACUUCUUCAGCAUGUCACACUGAUUGAUCUUCCUGGAAACGGAGACUGUAACAAGGCCAGAGAUGGAAUGUGGAAAGAACUUAUUGCAAGGUGUUCAACAGUGUGGAUUGUAACUGAAAUGAAUCGAGCAGCAUCAGAGAUAGAAGCCUGGGAGAUCCUAGAAAGUGUCUGUGGCCUCAUGGGAAAUGGUGGACAGUGUCAGCAGAUUCACUUUAUCUGCACCAAGUCUGAUGAAAUAGGAGUUUUGAAACCAUGUUCAACAGAUGAGAUCCGUGUUAUCAGAAAAAACAAAAAUGAGAAAGCCAAGAAAAGAAAACAUUUUGAACAGGACCGUUUAACAGUGUUCAUAGUGAGCUCCAAACAGUUUCUACUAAGAACACAGCAAGAAGAACAACAAGAUGAUGACAAUGAAAUACCCAAACUUCAGGAAUUUCUGCGAGAGCUCAAUGUCUGUCACUCAGAAAACUUAGCCUAUGUCUCUGGAGCUUAUGGGAUUCUUUCUCUGAUCGAAGGGGCCAGAUCUGGACAAGUGACUGGCAGAAAUGGAGAAGUGUGCACAGACCUUGAAGAAAGCAUGAAGCAUCAAUUUGAUCAAAUCAGAAAACCCAUUGAAGAUGCUUAUGAGGCUUUUGAAAAAUGCCUUAGUGAAGGGGUUAAAAAAUCUGAAGAUUCAUGUAAAAAUACCCUGCAUACCUUAUAUCCAAGAGGUAAAAAAGCUGGUAGUGCUUUUCACAAGACACUGAAGUGUGUAGUAGUGAACAAUGGUGUCCACAAGACAGUAAAAAAGAAACAAAUCAAUCUCAAUGCAAUGUUAGCUUCAAGUCUGACGGACUGCAUUGAUGAGGAAUUCAAGAAGACCUUCCCAAAUGGCAAAAGAUGUGACCCAUUCAACGGGGUCAUCAGCGAGUUUUCACUUCACACAGAGAAGCUGAUUAAAAAGUAUGAAGAUCUUAAACUGCAACUGACAUUCCUCAAAACAGAGGAAAACAAAAUUAAGACAGAACUCCACAACAUUAUCCGGGACAAAAAGAAAACCAUCUACAGCAGUCUGACGGAGUCAAUCAAGAACAGCAUGCAACAGUGCUAUGAUACGGCAGCUCAGUUUAAAGGAGAGGGCUCGCUGAACAAGAUGAAGCAGACAAUUGAGAAUCAUGUGCGUGAUUCAAAGAACACCAUGUUUGAGACAGCUAAAGCUGUUAUGUUGACCCAGCUGAAUGAGUUGAAGGACACCAUCCUCAAGAAACUGGAGGAAACUAUGCAGAAAUCAAUUAAACUGUCCCUCAGUAGCGUUGAUGGCACACUGCCAGAUGUUACAGAGGAGCUAAAGAUGGUGAAUAAAUACAACACUUACUUGAUGGCCUCAAUUGUAGAGACAUCGCUGAUGAGGUAA